CCUGCCAACCACGAGGAGUCCAGGGAAGAAAAGCGGAGCAUAGGCGCCUAUAACCCACGCCUCCCACGCCUUUUCCAGCCCGAGAUCGCCCAGGCAGGGAUGGGCGACAAGAUCUGGCUGCCCUUCCCGGUGGUCCUCUUGGCCUCUCAGCUGCUGCCUGGGGCGGCCGGCUUCACGCCCUCCUUAGACAGCGACUUCACUUUCACUCUUCCGGCCGGCCAGAAGGAGUGUUUCUACCAGCCCAUGCCCCUGAAGGCCUCGCUGGAGAUCGAGUACCAAGUUUUAGAUGGAGCAGGAUUAGAUAUUGAUUUCCAUCUUGCCUCUCCAAAAGGAAGAACCUUAGUUUUUGAACAAAGAAAAUCAGAUGGAGUUCACACGAUAGAGACUGAAGGUGGUGACUACAUGUUCUGCUUUGAUAAUACAUUCAGCACCAUUUCUGAGAAGGUGAUUUUCUUUGAAUUAAUCCUGGAUAAUAUGGGAGAACAGGAGCAAGAACAAGAGGACUGGAAGAAAUACAUUACUGGCACAGAUAUGUUGGAUAUGAAAUUGGAAGACAUUCUGGAGUCCAUCAACAGUAUCAAGUCCAGACUAAGCAAAAGUGGUCAUAUCCAAACUCUGCUUAGAGCAUUUGAAGCUCGUGAUCGAAACAUACAAGAAAGCAACUUUGAUAGAGUAAAUUUCUGGUCUAUGGUUAAUUUAGUGGUAAUGGUGGUAGUGUCAGCCAUUCAAGUAUAUAUGCUUAAGAGUCUAUUUGAAGAUAAGAGGAAAAGUAGAACUUAAAACUCCAAAGUAGAGUACUUAACAUUCAAAAAAAGGGGCAGAAAAAUGCAAUAAACUGUUACAGUCAAGACCAUUAAUAGUUGCUUGCAAAACGUUUUCAGGCAUUACCGUAAGUGUGAAAUAAAUAUUAAUUUUAACGUGAAAGGAAAGGCUUCACUUUCAUCUGUGCAAGUAAUCUUAUUGUUCCAGUUGUACUUAAGUGUAUAACAAGUAUUUUGCAGGUAUAAAUGAAUGAAGCCAUAUUAAUAACGGCAGUUUCCUACAUUUGAAAAAAUUUUGCAAAUGUCAUAGGUGAUUUAAAUAAAUGAACUUUGGGCCUAAAUGUAACACUGAACUAUGUUUUUAAAAGAUUGUUACCCAGAAGUUUCUUUGUAAAUGUGGCAAUUACAAAUUAACUGUAGAAGUUUUUCAAUAUAUUAAGUUAUAAAUCAUCUGAGAAUUACCUAAUCAUGGAUAUCUUUAGAAGACAAAGACUCAACUUUUCUCUUUUUACAUAUGUAUCUCCUAAAUGUAAAUAGAAACAUAGCUGUGAAAAACAGAUAUGUGGGAUUUUUAUAACCAAAUAUAUUUCAUUUUAAUAGCAAAUAGUUUUAUAUACCUAGCUUACAUUCCCAAAAGCUGACAUUUUGAAUAAUUCUUAAAAAUGCUAAGUCAUACUUAUUAAAAUUAGGACAGAUUUUCUCUUUGAAGAAUAAAGAUUGCUCCCAGUCUCUAUAGGAAUACAUUCUGUCUAAUCCUUAACCAAAAUAUAGAUUUUAAAAUUAAAUGUGAGGGAAAAUCAUUUUAUUUUUAUAUUAUCAACAGUGUUAUGUUAGUUUUAACGUGUUUACUGACUUGGAUAAUACAUUAAUACCAGCAGUUGUGAAGGAAAUAUUGCUAAAAGGAUCUGGACCUAAUGUAAGUAAAUAUCACUUUUGUGUUCUCAAAAUCAGUAAGAAAAGAAUAAACUCAAUAUAAAAGAAUUUAGAGAAUAUCCUUUCAAAAUAAAGUUCACUUAAACUAUAAAUAAAGUAUUUGGAAUCUGAUUGGCUCAUAAUGACUCAAUCCUAGUAUAAAUUAUGAGAUUAAUUUCCAGUUAACUGGAAGAAACUGGGUUUUAUUUUUUUACAAUUGUUUUAUUCUGUUUUGAAUUAUCAUUUAUAAGUAUUCAGGUACAUUUUACAAAACAUAAGCCCUACUGGGUAUAAAUUUUAUUUUUAUUACAACUUUAUUACAACUUUCAUAAAGUGACCUUUCUGAUCACUUUAUUUGACAUUCAGAUAAGGAUUAGAAACCCACAGAAGUUUAAAAACUCAAUAUGUGAAUAACCCUAUAGUCUCUGCCAUCCUGUCUUACUCAAGUACUAAUAAUUUAAUGAAUUAAAUAGAAUUUUUAGGUUAUACCCGUUUGUAAUAUUGUUUAUGACAUAUACAAGUUAGAAACAAUCAACUUAUAAACUUGAGUGUAGAACAACCUCUGUGGGUUAGUACUGCUGGAAUUCUUAAUAAGCAAUAAUGAUAUCCAGAGAGAAUGCUUUCAUCUAUAAUUUACACUCAAGAGUGGUACAAAAAGAGAUAUUUCCCUCCUUCUUAUAUAUUUCCCUCUAUUCUUCUUCAGAAAAGAAGUUUAGAUUUCCCAACUCUGAAGCUUUUUAAAAAUGAGAUAAGGUAUUAUUACCUUAAUUGGUCAAGAAAAUGCUCCUAAGUGUCCAGGAGUAGCCCCUAUAACACAUGCAAAACAAGGGCCAAUAAGAUUUUUGCUUAUGAAGAGCCCUCCUUUUUCCCCUUCUGAUACACUCAUAAUAAGAAGCAAACUUAAAGUACUAUAGCUAAUAAAACAGUACAGAUAUAAACUACUGCAUCUUUUCUAUAAAACUGUGAUUAAGAAUUCUACCUCUUACGUAUAGCUGGUUACUGUACUGUACUGAUUCUUUACCUAACAAUAAAUUUGUUACAUCACCUUCUA